AUGAAAGUCACUAAAUCUGUCACAGUAAAUAAUCCACUUGCAGUAACGUAUAAUGAAUCUACAUCAUAUGUCUAUUCAAAAGUCAAAUGUCUAACGAAGUUAGAUGGAUGCCAACUUCAAAUUGUUCCAUUUAUUCCAACCGAAAUUAGUUAUUCCGAAGAUAAAUUACAUGAUUGGGAUGCAGUUGCUGUUAAGCAAAAAAGACAAUUAAAUUAUUUUUCAACAAUGGCAUCAGGAUCAUUUUCUCAAAAAAUAAAAUAUAACACUCAAUAUAGGGUUUCAGAAAAAAAAUUAACAUUUGUUACUGAAUCAUUGACAUAUAUGAACAUUAAUCCUUCAAUUAAGAAAAUCAUGAAUACAUCAAAUAACGAUAAUAUUUAUCUUAUAGUUAGAACAGAGAAAGAUCGUCCUAGAAGCGAAGCAGCACAAUUUAAUGGAGAAAUAUUCAUAGAAAUAGAUGAAUCUAGAUCUUAUAUAGCGUAUAUCGAAAAAGGUAGAAACUAUAAAUAUAAUAUAGAGGGUAAAGUCGAACUAGAAUUUUUGAAGACAGGAAGUCCACCAGCAGAUAUAGAAAAGAUGCUCUUCGCUGAUGAUUUAGAAGUAAUUCUUCUUGGAGAAGAUGCUGUUAAAACAACAGAUCAAGUUAAAGAAGAUACAAAGAAUACAGCGGACAGCAGCAGUAGCUUCCCUGUAUGGGCUAUUGCAGUUAUUGCGGUUGCAUCUGUUAUUGUCAUUGUCUCCAUUAUUGUUGGCGUUAUUAUUUGCGUUAAGAAAUGCUAG